GCCUAAAUGUGAGUUGUCUGCCCCGUCUGACAUCCAUUAGGCUGAGAUGUCAUGUGAGUGCUUAAAUAAUUAAUACUUUGUGUCCUGUAUACAUUUUUAUCCUUUUCUAGGCCAGGUUCCAAGACUUUCAAAAGUCAAUUUAUUCACAUUAAAUGAGCCUCUGGAUGGAGAUGUUCCCUUCUGAAAAAUUGACAGAUCCAAAAAGAAAUCCCAGGCUGGAAUGUCUGGUGGAAUAAAUAUAAAUCCCCCAUUUUGGCUUCCUCCCUAUCUGUUCCUGCAUAUCCCACUCAGGCUAAUUCUGUAUGACUGGCUGCUGAGAAGGAGCAGAGUAUGGGAGAAAGAACAAUUGCUCCAGCUUCCGUUUUCAUUAUUACGGAAUUUCCUUCUAUACAAAGGUGCAAUGAGAUCAACACAGAGGAGAAAACCAUGAUCUUUGUGACUAAGUGCCCUUGUGACGAGUGUGUCCCCUUGAUUAAAGGGGCAGGAAUCCAGCAGAUAUAUGCCUGGGAUAUGGAUAUUGGCAAAAAGAAAGCGGAUAUAUCGUACAUGAAGUUUGGGGAGCUUACAGGAGUUAGCAAAUACACCGUGAUGUCAUUGUCAUGUCAUAAUGGAGUCAAGGUGCACAGCUGCAGCCCAGGUGAUGUCAUAAUGUACAGCUGCAGCCCAGGUGAUGUCAUAAUGGACAGAGUUAAAGUGUACAGCUGCAGCUCAGAUUGGCUCAUUCUUGAUCAGACAACUGAGACAAAAUUUCAAAAACUUUCAAAAAAAUUUGAAAUGUGGAAGAGAUUUAAAGCUUGUUUCUCUUGCUUUUGCAAGAAACAAACUAACAAAUCUACCAAGUCUACGGAUCGGGAUGAAUACGUUGUGAACAUCUUGGAAGGAGGCGAAGACCACUGCAAUAACACCGAUGAGCAGACAAUAUUGGAAACUGGUAAUACCAACAGCCAGGAAGAAAAAACACUGACAGAGGACCUGAGCAAUACCAUCGGCCAGGUGGAGCUCGAGGAGAGCGAUGAGUACAACUGUCAGCAUGAAAAUGAUGAGUCCUCAUCUGAAACUGGCAACAACAUUGGCCAGGAAUGCCCAGAGGAAGAUUAUCUGGGCAGUGACCUCCGGGAGGAAAAGGCUGAAGAGAUUGUUGAGUUAUGGCAAGAAGAAGAAAUAAAAGAAACGACCAUAGAAACCGAUGGAAAGGAGGGAUGGCAACAAGUGCAAAUAAGAAAAGUGGUAAUAGAAGUCAUCAAUGACCAGGGAGAGAAAGAACUACGCAUCCUUGAACACCGGGAGAUUCUCCGAAUGGUUAAAAUUCAAGUCAAUGCUGACUACAAUUAUGAGGCAUUUCAUUACCAUUCCUCUGAAAGCAACAUGCCAUAUGAUGGGCAAUGGGAGUCAUGAUCAGUUUUAGAUGAUGACUGAACAGUGACAUCAGCCAGAACGAGAACCUGGAAGACGAAUAUCUGGGAUCAUCAGCUGGCAUCAACUUCAGCCAGUAGGAGUACCCAGAAGAAGAAUAUCUGGGCAAUGACUUCAGUGAUGAAGAGAAUGGGGAAUUUGAGAAUCAAUUGCACCAAAAUCAAGAACUGUAGAUUGUCCAAAUGGGUGCUGGCCGCAGCCAGUAUUUAUGGGCAUCUGAAAGAACCUUCCAGUGUCAAGGAGGCUGGAGGCAUUAAAGAACUGAAGCUGGAGGUGUUAAAGAACUGAGGCUGGAGGUGUUAAAGAACUGAGGCAGCCAUCGGGGGGAGGGACGGGGGCAAAAGGGCCCAUUUGUCAUCUUUGGGCCCCAGUAUAACAUCAUGGUCCCCGAUGGUAGCCUAUAAGCAAGAAAUCAGAAGAUCAAAACAUCUAUUCUUUUGAGAUGAUGAAUAAACAUUUUGGCAAUUA